UACGGCCACCAGCGAAUCAGUACAAACACAUGUGUAGCAGCACAUUGUCAACAUGGGUAAGAGGAGGCAGACGAAGCAACUUUUCACGAAUUUAUCAAAGAAACAGAAGAAACACUUGAAAGAAUUUGGAGAGGAACAUCCAUGCCAUGAUUUAGACAAUGAAAAAACAGAAAGAACUGAAAUAGUGGAACUGCUAGCAAGUCCUGAAACAUCGGACACUGAGCCUGAAGAGCAGGAGCAACAGGAGGAAGAGGACGAGCCAGAGCAGACAACAGCCUACCAGAAACUUCUUUCUACUCUCAGCCAACGUGAAGGGGACAGCAACAGUGACGAUGAGGAAAGCAGUGAAGAGGAAGAGCUUCUUGAUGAAGAGGACAGUGAUGGAGUUGGAGAUGAUGGUGAGGACGGUGAGGACGGUGAGGAUGGUGAUGAAGUUGAAGGGGGAGAGGAGGAACUCGCGGCUCCUGAAGAAGUUCUCAUUGAGGCAGUAGAAGGGGAGGGGGAGAAGGAGAAAGCAGAUGGAGACUUUGUAGAUAAGGAGCAUGAGUCCCAGUUCUGUCUGGAGACCAACUUCAUGGGCGAUGGAGAACAAGAGGACGCUGAAAGCAAUGUGAAGCAAGAUGACAGUACAGACAUGUUUUUACAGCAUUUGGACACUGAGCUCAGUGAAGAGGAUGUGCAGACGAUAACAUCUAGCAGCAAAGCCAAGACUCAGAUCAAGUGGCCAAAAUUGGGUUCCCUGCUUUGUACCAAUCCCCUGGACAAGUAUGGAGCUGUUGGUUCUCAGAAAGGCACAAGCCUUCCUGUUUUCCACAAGCUCUUGGAGUCCAGUUGGAAGGAUCUUAACCAGACCUCUAUUUCUAAGGGUGUAACUGACGAGAUCAGCCCUCUCCAGCUAGAACUGCUGGCCCUCAUGGGCUCCUACAAGGACCUUUACUAUCCAGAGACGUGUCCUCUGAACAAGGGCUCUCAGGUCCGCAGUGCAUACUGUGUGCAUGUGCUCAACCAUGUACUGAAGGCCAACUCGCACGUCCUAGCUCACAAUGCUGAGCUAAGAGAACAGAAAAUUCAGACUAAACCUGGAGCUGAGCCACAGGAUGAACCCAGAGACCAAGGUCUGACCCGGCCCAAGGUCCUGAUUCUCGUGCCGUUUCGAGGCACAGCUCUGCAAGUGGUGCAGACAUUCAUCAGCCUUCUGGAGACCAAAGGCAAGAAGAUUGUGGUCAGCAACAAGAAGAGGUUCAAGGAUGAGUUUGGGCAAGAGGCAGAACCAACAAAUCUGCAGAGACCAGAUGAUUACCACACUAUCUUCUCUGGCAAUGUUGACGAUCACUUCAGGAUAGGUGUCUCCAUUGUAAGAAGCAGCAUACGUCUGUACUCCCCCUUCUACUCAUCAGACAUCAUCAUUGCGUCUCCGCUGGGCCUGCGCACUGUGCUGGGAGCUGAAGGCGAAAGCAUGCGAGACUAUGACUUCCUGUCCUCCAUUGAGCUGCUGGUGCUGGACCAGGCAGAUGUUUUCCUAAUGCAGAACUGGGAACACAUUCUGCAUGUGAUGAAGCACAUGAACCUGCAGCCGCUUGACUCUCAUGGUGUGGACUUCUCCAGAGUGAGGAUGUGGAACCUGAACAACUGGACCAAACACUUCAGACAGACGCUGGUGUUCAGCUCCAUCCAAGAGCCACAGAUCAACAACAUCCUCACCAAACACUGUGCCAACUAUCGUGGACAGAUUGCCACAAAGAACAUUCCAAAAACAGGCUCCAUCUGCCAAGUGUUGGUUCAGCUGCCUCAUGUGUUUCAAAUGUUCUCCUCUCACAGCUUCAUUGAUCAUGAUGCAAGGUUUCACUUCUUUGUAGAUAAAGUGCUGCCUCAGUACAGGGACUCAGUCAUGUCCCACACUCUGAUCUACAUCCCAUCUUACUUUGACUACAUCCGAUUGCGUAACUAUAUGAAGAAAAAGGAGAUCAACUUCGGCACCAUCUGCGAAUAUUCCACCAAAUCAGAGGUGUCACGAGUCCGACACUUCUUCCAGAAAGGAGAGAGGCAGUUUGUGCUUUUCACUGAACGCUUCCACUUCUACAAGAGGUACACAAUCAAAGGAAUCCACAACCUGAUCUUCUAUGGGUUGCCCUCUUUCCCUCACUUCUACAGUGAGAUGUGUAACAUGCUAGCAGCGGGGGCUCAGGGGGAAGAGGCCAGCUGGACCUGCACCUCCCUCUACUCCCGCUAUGACGCUCACAAGUUGUCUGCCAUCUGCGGAGCCCAGCGAGCCGGACAGAUGCUGCACUCCAAUAAGAGCGUUCACCUCUUUAUCACAGGAGAAGGUAAAGCCUUGUGAUGCAACUGGACACACACCAGAGGAACUACGUCCAUGUUAUAUAUUUACAGAUCAUGUAAAUCUUUAUGAGGUUGUGACAUUACUCCCAAGGCCCAGCUCAUAACUGGCAUCUGACCACAUGUGGUCAGAUUUCACUUCCUUGCUUUAUAUUAAAAUAAAUAUAUACAGUAUUUCCAUUUUCCAUGA